UGGUUGAAAGAAUCGAGACGUAAAUAAAGAAGUUUCUUUGGAUUACCGUGUUUUGUAAAUAAUUUUUAAUAUGCGCACUAUAAAAACUAAAUCCACGGCGCAUGCGCAGCUGCAAGAUAUGAAUUCUUAAGCAAAUGUGAAUUGUGCAGUCAAUGCAAGGCUAUGGCAACGUAACUGUAAACAGGUGUAUGCGUACUCAAAGCAUUGCUAUGGCAAUAAUUUUCAAGCGUAAACAGGUGUAAACAAAAUCCAGAGCGAAAAAUAGCGUAAAUUAAAAAAAUGUUUGUUUAUCUAAGCAAAAAGAUAGCGAUCCCUAACAAUGUUAAGCUGAAUUGCAUUGCAUGGAACAAGGAGGAAGGUUACAUUGCGGUUGCCGGCACUGAAGGACUACUGAAGGUGCUCAAAUUAGAUCAAGCCGCCAACAAUGGGCAGAGCAAAGGCGGCCUGGCCGCCGUGUCCAAUCUCUCGAUGAAUCAGACUUUGGAUGGUCACAAGGAGUCUGUCAAGGUGGUCACAUGGAACGAUGCACAGCAUAAGCUAACAUCCUCGGAUGUAGACGGCGUUAUAAUGGUAUGGAUGCUGUACAAGGGCGCCUGGUAUGAAGAGAUGACCAACGAUCGUAAGAAAUCAACGGUGGCUGGCAUGAGUUGGACCUCGGAUGGCACUAAAAUCUGCAUUGUCUAUGAGGAUGGGGCCAUUAUCGUGGGCUCCGUUGAUGGCAAUCGCAUAUUUGGCAAGGAGCUUAAAAAUACGCAUCUAACUGGCGUACAGUGGAGUCCAGAUAAUCGACUUAUAUUGUUUGCCCUGGCUAAUGGCGAAUGUCAUCUGUAUGAUAAUCAAGGAAACUUUGCGAUGAAGCUCAACAUUAAAUGCAUUGCGCUUGGCAGUUCAGCGGGUCGUAUACAGCGCAUUGCAAGCAUCAGCUGGUUUAGCGGCACUGUGAACAAUCGCAGUCGACCUGUUUUAGCCAUUUGCUAUGAGAACGGAAAGGUGCAAAUUAUGCGCAAUGAAAAUGAUGAUACUCCUGCAAUUUUCGAUACCGGCAUGCGUAACGUGGACGCCAAGUGGAACCAUGACGGCAGUGUGCUAGCCAUUUGUGGCACAUCUUUAGAGGCAGCCAGUCCAAUGCGGGAUACCAAUCAGGUCUGCUUCUACUCACCGCUGGGAAGACUACAUCGAACCCUAAAAGUGCCUGGCAGUGACAUUACAUCUGUUAGCUGGGAAGGCAAAUCGUUGCGCAUUGCUAUGGCUGUCGACUCGUUUAUAUAUUUUGCAAACAUACGGCCCGAAUACAUUUGGUGCUACUUUGAGAAGACCGUCGUCUUUCUCAACAGUAGCAGCAACAGCAAUGCCAGCACCUCGACUAACGUCAUCACCUUCUGGAACACGGUGUCGAAUCAGAGUUUCCUCAAGGAGGUGGAGCCAACCCUGUGCUUGGCUGCGAGCAACGAGCAUUGCGUUCUCGGCGUAGAAUGUGUUAGCAGCAACAUAAAAGAAAUUGCGCUUAGCACGCUGGAAGCACGUAACAACAGCAGCAACUCUGACGGCAGGGUUUAUCAACUAUUGCUUUGCAACUCCAUUGGAACUACAGUGGACUCCAAGUAUACGGAUAUAAAACCUCGUUUUGUGGGCAUUAACGCCGGUUACGUUGUAAUUGCUUCUUACGAAGAAAUACUCAUUUGGCAUUAUCAUACGCCGAAGAGCACUUCCAAUUUGCAUGGGGUUAAGGCGCGCAAGGAGAAAAGGUUUCAUAUCCAUGACACGCCCACUGGCGUGGAAUUGUCCAAGGAUCUCUUGAUGCAGGGCGAGCAACGUCGCGUAAAUGAUCCAAUUUGUGCGCUUGCCUUGUCCGAAAAGCUUUUGCUUGUCGCCUGUGAGUCGGGCGUAAUAAAUGAGUACAGCGUGGCAAAUGUUUCGCUAAGGAAUCGCCACACUCUGCACACCCACAUCCAUAAGAUUGCCAUCAAUUGCAAUUCCACUCGCGCUGCCAUCAUCGACAACUUGGGUGUGAUGACUCUCUUGGAUCUGGAUGACAAUCGAGAGACGCAGCUGAACUUUAGUCGAGUGGAACGCAAGGAUGUUUGGGCUGUUAGCUGGGCCAAGGACAAUCCUUUGCUACUGGCCCUAAUGGAAAAGACGCGCAUGUAUAUCUUUCGUGGCAACGAUCCCGAAGAGCCCAUCUCUUGCUCUGGAUAUAUAUGCACUUUCGAGGACUUGGAGAUCACGAGCGUACUGCUGGAUGACAUCAUUAGCUGCGGCGAGCUCCAGAAUACAUCGCAUCUCAUCCAGUUGAGGGUGAAGUCGUUGCGCGACACGGACGAUCUGUUGGAGCAUGUCGGACUCGAGGAUGCCAAGCAGUUUAUAGAGGAUAAUCCACAUCCACGCCUGUGGCGUCUCCUGGCAGAAUCGGCACUAAAGCAACUAGAAUUGGAGACAGCUGAGAAUGCAUUUGUACGCUGUGCCAACUAUGCGGGCAUCAAGUUGAUUAAGCGACUGCGAAAUAUCAGCUCACAAAUAUUGCAGAAGGCAGAGAUUGCUGCCUUCUAUGGGGAGUUUGAUGAGGCUGAAAAGCUCUACAUGGAUGCGGACCGAAGGGAUCUGGCCAUUGAUUUGCGCAUGACUCUUUGUGAUUGGUUUAGAGUGGUGCAACUUUAUCGCAUGGGCGGUGCCGGUGUUUCGGAUCAGCAAAUGGAAACGGCAUGGCGUGAGAUUGGACACCACUUUGCUAAUCUGAAGUCCUGGGAGAGUGCCAAGGAGUACUAUGAAAAGUCCCAUUACCUAGAGGGCUCCAUUGAAUCUCUUUACCACUUGGAACAGUUUGAUGAACUGGAGACGUUCGUCGACAAGCUGUCCGAGAAGAGUCCGCUGCUGACUAAAUUAGCUGAGAUGCUAGUCUCUGUUGGCAUGUGCUCGGAGGCUGUAUCAGCCUAUCUGAAAUUUGGGGAUCCAAAGGCUGCCGUGAAUGCGUGCGUGAAUCUGCGUCAAUGGGGCCAGGCCGUUGAGUUGGCUCAGAGGUAUCAAAUGCCCGAGGUGAACGUGUUGCUUAGCAAGCAUGCAGCACAGCUCUUGAACGAAGGACGAUUGCCGGAGGCAAUUGAGCUGCAGCGUAAGGCCGGCAAGCAUUUGGAUGCAGCGCGUCUGCUGUGUAAGCUGGCCGAGCAGGAAGUGGAGAAGCGAGCCCCUUUGUUGCGCAUCAAGAAGAUAUACAUACUGGCUGCCCUGCUAGCUGAGGAGCAUUUGAAGUCACUGGCCACUCCCCAAUUGGAUUAUGCCAUCGAUCGCAAUCGUUUGCUGGACGAGAUUAGCUUGGAGGAUGCCGCUUGUAUUGAGCGUAUCUGGCAUUGUGCUGAGGGUUAUCAUUUUAUGCUGCUCGCCCAGAGACAACUACGGUUUGGAAUCAUGCACAGUGCUGUGAUCACAUCCUUGCGACUGCGUGAUUACGAUGAUGUCCUGCCUGUUGAGGAUAUAUAUAGCCUCCUGGCUUUGGCUAGUUGUGCAGACAGAUCCUUUGACACUUGCUCCAGGGCAUUCAUGAAGCUGGAGUCCCUGGAAUCGCUGCCCGAGAAGAUGCAGCAAGAGUACGAGGAGCUGGCCGUAAGCAUAUUCUCCAAAAAUGAGCCUGAGGAUCACAAAGUGGACACCGUUGCUUGCUAUGGCUGUGCAGCCCAUGUGCCGGACAAUUUACCAUCUUGCAUGGAGUGUGGCGCACGUUUUCCGGGCUGUGUUUCCUCGGGCAAGCCCAUCACCCAGCCGACGAGCAAUAUUUGGAUAUGUUCUACUUGCCAUCACUGUGCAUCGCCCAUGGAGAUAACAAGGCAUCGGACAUGCCCAUUGUGCCACAGCCCCAUUGCCUUAAUAAAGUGAACAUUAUAAAAUA